UAUUUUCGCUAAUGUUUCUAUUUCUAGCUCAACAUUUCAGCAGAUUUGCCUAUUUACCCAACCACCACAUAUAUUUAUAGUUUUGUUGUAUGAUGUGGGAAAACCCGAUACGGUAGACUUCGUUGACACCCGGAAGAAACAUCGAGUAGAAAUGACUUGAUCCGCCAUCUUUCCAUUUUAUUUUAUGACCAGAGCAACAGAGAAUCUGCUUCAUUCAGCGAACAGCUUACAUUGAGUUUCCUGCAGACGACAGACGAUGCUCCCCACAGACUGGGUCCUGUUGAGGGCAGACGACUGUUACCUGUCUGGUUACCUGUUGUGAGAGAGGACAGUCGCUGUAGCUGCUGAAGAGAAUGGACAAACAUAAAAAGAAGGCGGCUGUUGGUACAGGAGCUUUAGGGAAAGUCGAAGUUUACCUGCACCACGUGACUAAUGCUGAGGCUGCUUGUCUUGCAGACCCAGUUUACAUUAUUGAAGGUAACGCGCGCCGACUCCAGGAGGUCAGGACUCUGUCAGGUGCUGAUGUACAGGUUGACCCCAACCCAUCAUCCGUACCUGACAGGAAGACUGUCAUCAUCAAGGGUGACCAUAGACAAUUCAACAAUGCUGUCAUGCUCCUCAAUCAGAUGACUGGAUCGCAGGAAGAUGUUUUACAGCGAGCACAGGAGUUUUGGCUAAAAUGGGUUGAGGCCGCCUUCCCUGACUUUGACUCACAGGCCUACUUCCUGCCUCCUGUUUACAUCAACCGCGUGCCCAUGACUACACAGACCAUUGCUGGUCAGGAUAUUCUUGUCCUUCAGAAACCAUCUGGAGAGUCCGGUCAGUCCUGCAAAGUAGCGGUGAAUCCAUCUCCCGCUGCUCAAAGUUCCAUUCCUCAACCUACUUCAGUUCAGGACAGUGAUGUUAGAGAUGAUGCAGCCAUGCAGCGCAUUCUCCUUUGUCUGCAGAAAAUGUCUCAACAGAACAGUGAAGUGUUUGUUGCAAUGAGUCAACUUCAGUUCGGGGAGUACCUGGGAGAACCUUGUUAUGCUGCUGCAGCAGCCCAGGUGCCCUUAGCUAGAAGUCUUCCCCCUCCUCGGCCGAAAAACUGGGACAAGGGCGACUUUGAUGUGCUACUUAUUCACAGGAAGUACGGUUUUGUGGUCUGUGAGGUGAAGGCUGUUGGUGACAACGUAAGAGAGCUUGGUCUGUCACAGCAGGAUAUGGACAACAACAUCCGAAAGAAACUAAAACAGGCCAUCGUUCAACUGGACAAGGCGGAGGCCAUGUUGUCUCACCUGGUGUCCGACAUCGCUUCCGGUCUGCGCAUCACCAAGACCAUCGCUGUCCCAAACCUCACGGCUCAUCAGGUAGAGCAGGCAAUCGCUGGUGACAAACAACUCACUCAGGACCUGUGUCGCUGCCUUGGAAAACCACAGACAACAGAUGCUGCCGGCGCGGCUGGUCUUUGUUUGACCUCUGAUCAGUUGUCUGACCCCAAGACACCUUGGGACGUCAGUAGUCACGUGCUGAGGGAACUCGGACACUGGUGGCAGCGACGUGUGGCUGAUGCUGGACCUGACAGUCACAUGACACUUGAUGUUUACCGGACAUUAAUAGCAAGGUUCUGUGGUCCGGCGACAACAGUGACUGUGCCAUGCACAUGUCCUCCACGUGUGACUGUACUGUGUCUUGGGGUCACUUUGCUAGAGCGGUGA